AAAAACUAAACCGGAUGUAGAAAUAUCGUUAGCUACUGAUCGGUGUUUUUUUGGACAAAUAGCGUUAGCAGCAGCUCCAGUUUGUCAGGUUAAAAGUUGACUGAAACUUUAUUUAUAUGAAUUUAAUCUUUAAAAAUGGGGAGAUAUCGGUGUGCCUACAACUGCGAGGAGACCAGCGGCUCAGAUGUUAAAUUCUUUAAGUUUCCUCUGAAUAACAGCAGAAAACUGAAAAAAUGGCUGCUGAAUAUGAACUUGGAGGACUGGACUCCAUCUCGCUUCUCUGUGCUGUGCAUCCAUCAUUUUGAGGAGCAAUACAUCGACAGAUCAGGGAAGAACGUGACUCUUCGAGCAGACGCGGUCCCCACCAUAUUUUCAUCUUCAAAGAUCACGCAGAAGGAAAAGGUGUCUGUCAGUCAAAGAAGAAAGAGAUGCAAGCCUUCAGGUUCUGAAGCCUCAGAGGCUAUUCCGUCGGCUGGAGGACUUCCUGAAACUUCAAAAAGCUUCAGCCAGCAGAAACAGGUCAACCAAUCAGAGGAAGUGAUUCAAACAGACAAAGAACCAGAAAAGUUUGAGAGAUGGAGAAUCAUAGCUGAUGAAGGACCGACGACGAUCAAAUCAUUCCCGCAUUUCUUUCAUGGACAUUACUGUGCUCCACAUACUGUUCAGUGGAUUCCAGAUGUUGAUUUUAGUACAAACCAUGAAGACUCCGUAAAUGUUAUAGAGGUUCAGGAGCCGUGGCAGUGGCUCGGUUUGGACGUCAGAGGGCCGCUGCCACAAACGCCGAACGGGCACAGGUACAUUCUGACCGUGGCGGACUACUACUCCAAAUGGGUGGAGGCUGUGCCCAUGCAGUCGUGCCUUCCUGCAGAUGUGGCGAAGAACGUGGCCGAAAUAAUCUCCUACUUCGGAUAUCCGUUCCGGAUCCUCUCCAGACUGCCUCAUGACAUUGUGCACAAAAUUAACCAAGAGCUUAAAGAUCAGUUGAAGAUAACCGUCCCCGUUGUGGUCCACCAUCAGCAGACGGGCUCUCUGGAUUCGAUCACACCUCAGCUGAUCGACAGGAUGGUGUGCGACCUGACAGAGGAGCACGCCGCCGACUGGAACGUUUACCUGCCUGCCAAAGUUUUCAGCCUGUGCUUCAACCAACACCCGUCCAUGAAAAACAGGCCUUUUUCUGUUCUCUGCUGUAACGGAGUGGAGCCUUAUCGAUCUCCCAGAGGGCUAAAUUUUACCUCUUCCAACAUCCAAGAAAGUGUUUUUAUUGUAAGAUAAAGCCUAAAAUGGACAUUUGAAUCAACCGCCAAACCAGCUCUGGAUUAUGAUUGGCUGAGCCAGCAAUUUUUACUUUUCUUUUUUUUUCUUUUUACCAGGAAUAAAGUAUUUUUCACCUCUUUUAGUGAUUCUCCAGUUUUUUUUUUAUUAAAUUAACUUUUUUUUGAUUAAAUUAACUAAUUCAAUUUCUUUGACACAUUUUGUCUGAUGUGUGCAUCUCUGCAGUCACUCAAUUUACCGAUACAGACUAUUUUUUCUUUUCACAAUAAAACGCACAACGCGUGUUACAAAAAUAAAAGCAUAAAACCUACAGAUCAAAACAUUCAAUGCUGAAUAUAAAAUUUCAGAUCAACUUUUGACCAAAUUCAACUAAAAGCUUUCCUAAAUAGAAUCAUUUUGACCUGAGUUUUAAAACAUUCAUUAGAGGAGCAAAGGAAGGGUUUUCCAAAGAUGAGGAGCGAUAUGGUUUGAAAGGUGAGAUCUCUUUUUUUUUUUUUUUUGGCGUAUUUACAAAAAUGGUCUGUUGACCUGAAUGAUUUAGUCCAAAAAGGUCUUAAACUGUUACAUAUGGUUUUACCGUAGCUUUAUAGAUGUGUAUUUUGAGUUUCGGCUAUUUAAAACAAUAAUUUCAUCAAAUAGAGUUAAUUUUCAUCAAUUAUUAAUUUACUGCAUAUAAAUAAACUUUUAUUUUUCUGAGUUCUGCUUUCCUAAUUUGUGCAAAGUUGAAAAUUUAUUUUAUUUUG